CGUGGUUAGGUCUUACACUGCAGGAGUAAUCGUGGUGUCUGUGUAUGUGAAUUGGGUCCAGCAUCAUCUCCUCAAAACUCACUGCUUUCUGUGGCUAUUGUACUCUGUCCAAGUCUCUCUUUUGAAAAGUCUAAAGACAUAACAAAUUAACAAUAAGAAAUCAUGAAGAAAACUGGAAAUUCAUCUGGAAAGAAAAGAUGUCAAGUGCCAAAACUAAAGAUGUUCCUCUGUGCACUGUCUUACGCCUACUUGACUAAAGCGUUUGCAGUCUCCUACUCACGGAGCAUGAUAACGCAAAUAGAGAGGAGAUUUAAUAUCCCAUCAUCCCUAGUUGGAGCUAUCGAUGGCAGCUUUGAUAUAGGUAAUUUGCUGGUGAUCGUCUUUGUGAGCUACUUUGGGUCAAAGUUUCACCGUCCAAGAGUGAUUUCUGUUGGAUGUUUCGUCAUGUUUUUAGGGGCUUGUUUGGCUGCGUUACCUCAUUUCCUUAUGAGACGGAUAGUCGGAGCCAGCACAUCAUCUGAGCACUAUAUCUACAGCCUAAUUUAUGACAAUCUGAAUACUCACACAGCAGAGAGCCUGUACCCGAUCCUCAGCAGAGGAAACCUCCACAGCAAAGCCACGUAA